CAAGUCAUGAGGGGAAAAUAAGUUGCCUCUUCUUAUUUCACCUCAGUGCCAGUUAGAAAGUAUCAGAGAGAGUAUCAAAGAGAGAGUAUCAGUGUCUUCCCCUCAGCUGUUGAGAAGAAAAGAUGUUUUCUACAGCCUAAUGUGCCUCAGUGAUGACUGGAAUAAGAGACUUUAUUGGUGAUCAAUGUGUGGAUUAUGACUGAAUGAUAUUUCUCUGGAUACCAGAAAUGGAUAUGAGCAACAAGACAGCAAUACUUUUCUUCCUGCUUAUCUGCAUAAACUCUGUGCCAGGACUGGGCAUCCCGAAGCCUGACAACCUGACAGUGGAUAUUUUGGAUGGGGAAAUAAUAGUGUAUUGGAAACGUCCCGUGGAUGCCCCCGCAGACUCCAAAUACAAUGUAGAAAUGGCAAAGUACAACGGUCCUUGGACCAAGGUAGAAAUCUGCACGGAGAUCACAAACGCCUACUGUGACCUUAGCAGCCUCAUAGAUGACUAUAGCAAUGUCUACAAGGUCAGAGUUCACCUGGUCGCAGAAAAUUCCACCUCUGAGUGGAAAAGCAAGAAAUUUAACCCAAAAGAAAGUAAAUUGCAGCCUCCCUCCUUCACUUUGGUGGCUACUUCCAGCUCUCUAUCAGUUUCUGUUCACCAAAAACCCAUUCUGAGAAACCUCUACCCCUAUGGGGUCAAGUACACCAUCCACCUGGUGGAUAAAGAUAACAAGACUAUCGAAGCAUACCUGAAAGAUGACGUAGGGGAGGAUCAGAGGACUAAAACUUUCACGUCUCUCCACUGGGGGAGGGAGUACUGUGUCAGCAUGAAGGUAGAGGGUAAUGGAGCCCUAUCCAUCAGCAGCUGGUCUCCAAAACAGUGUCUGCUGCUACCAGAGCAAGAAUGGUUCGUGAUUGCUGUAUCAUCUCUAGCUGUUCUGAGUGUGCUGGCAAUCAUUGCUGUCAGUGUAACUAUCCUCCUGUGUUACCUUAGACGACCGGAGAAAACACCUGCUGCAUUGAAAUCCCCAGCAAGUUACUGGCUUCCACUCUCUGUUGGAGUGGGGACUAUGGAGGUUGUCACAGACAAAGGAUGGUUCCUGUCAAGUUACAGAACAGAAGUGAAAAACUGUGUCAAAGAACCCAUGACCCAUGUUACAGUAACAGAGGAAACUGAAGAUGAGGACAGGAGAACAAGCAUGGACAGUGGCGUCAGCAUGGAGUCCAACUGUAAUACAAACAACGGAGGACAUGUGAGACAAGAAGACAGCGGCUGCGGGAGCUUGGGAGGACCAGAGAGCUCCACCAGCAGUCAGGCAGAUUACCCCCUGCAAGAUGAGAGGACUGAUGCUGACAAAGUAAGGAAGCAGGAGGAUAGUGGAGUAGGGCUGGGCUGCCAGCUUGAUUCUUCCUCCAUGAAUCUGGAGGGACAGGACAGCAGGCUUCUGAAAGAGUCAGUCCCUGGUGGUAAUUAUCGCACCCAGAGCCCCUCGGCUGUUCAGAUUCAUGUCUGUGGCGAUGAGGACUCCAUUAAACAGAUAAUUCCAGAUACAGUUUUGGCCGAAGUGGUCACCGGUUACAGGGCUGGGCCUCAGUUGUGUAUCUGCUCAGGAGCAGGUCAGUGCCCUUGGUGCCAUAAGCAAGGUCAUUAUGAAUCUGAAGUUAUCAAACAAUACAAAGCUAUGUGUAUAGAAAAUGGACCACUGAGCAGCAAAUGUGAUUUUGUGGACUCUUACAAAGUGGGGCUUACAUUUUCAAAUUAUCCUAAAAAAUCACAGCUGGACACUGUCAUAAUGGACGAUUUCAACAAUACUUUUACACAACUAGGGGAGACUUUCCCGCUGCUAACAAAUCUAUCAUCACUUCCCCUGGUGGAGGAAGGACAUGAUUUCAAUAUGAACAAUGUGUCCCUUUCCCUAUGUGACGUACAGCUGAAAACUGACUAAAAAUCAUGCUAAUGGAACCGUUCCAAAUGGUAUAUUGGAACAAGAAACUCCUUUCUCCCCACAUGACACACCUUUUGAAUCAUGAAAUAGAAGCAUGAGUUAGUAUUUAGGGAGUAUUUUUGUGGUAUUUUGGGGAUUUCCAAUACGGAGGAAUGCUACAGAAUUGGAAAUGUGAAGGACGAAGGCGAAAAGUGAGGGAAGGAAACAAAGCAGUCAACACCUUGUUUCUGAAUAUAGAAAGGAAAUGAGAGGUUUAACCACACAGCGGCUGGCUGAUAGCUGUUGGUUUGAGUCUCAGGAGCUUAUACAGAUGGAGACUGUGGAGUCAAAGACUUUUACAGCUCCGUCUCUCUGGGUAUAUUUACGACUGACUAAAACGCACCAUGCCGGAAGUGAAACUGGUGUGGGGAGCAAUGUAGAGAAACGGUUUAACAGUUACAUGCUUUUGGACAUUUUGCUAUUUCACCUCCUCCAACAAAGAACCCACUAGUAAAGUGUAUGAUUGUUUCUUAAUAUAUCAAGCAGUGUCAAACAAAGGACACAAUUAAGGAGCAUACAUUUCUUUUGUCAUUUUCAAGUUUGAGCUGGGCUUUUUUUUUUUUACAGGUUAUUUUUAACAUUCUCUGAAUGACUUUCAUAUAACUUCUACUGCAGAUCUGUCUGUCAUCUACUUCCCUGUUUCAAUUAUUUAUUAAAUGUUAUGGAAAAAAAUACA